AACAAUGCCACGCGUCUAGAGCCUAGUGAGAGGGUGGAAGAAUACAGGAAAGUGGUCUGGUGGAUCUUUUGGGACUCAUGCAUUUUUCCCUUAAAUGCGUUCUUUUCUUGCAGGCUUUAAGCCUUUUUUCUCUCUUUACUCAGGGACAAAAACUAGAGGAAAGUAUGGAUGAAGUGAAAAUAGAAGUUUUGCAUCUUCCAGAAAACUGUUCUCCCAAAAGCAAGAAAGGGGACCUGCUAAAUGCUCAUUAUGAUGGCUACUUGGCAAACGGCACCAAAUUCUACUGCAGCCGGACACAAAAUAAAGGCCACCCAAAAUGGUUUGUCCUUGGUGUUGGGCAAGUAAUAAAAGGCCUAGAUAUUGCUAUGAUGGGUAUGUGUUCUGGAGAAAAAAGAAAAGUGACAAUACCUCCUUCACUGGCCUAUGGAAAGGAAGGCUAUGCACAAGGCUUGAUUCCACCAGAUACAACACUGAUUUUUGAGAUUGAACUCUAUGCUGUGACCAAAGGACCCCGAAGCAUUGAAACAUUUAAACAGAUAGAUGUGGACAAUGACAAGAAACUUUCUAAAACCGAGAUCAAUUAUUACUUGAAAAAGGAAUUUGAGAAAGAUGAUAAACCACGUGACCAGUCAUAUCAUGAUUCUGUGUUAGAAGAUAUUUUUAAGAAAAAUGACCACGAUGGAGAUGGCUUCAUUUCUUCCAAGGAAUAUAAUGUAUAUCAACAUGAUGAACUAUAGCAUAUCUUUCUAAAUUCAUUUGGCUAUCUUUUGUAUUAUCUACAAAAUUAUUUUUAUCCAAAUUUUGCUUACUUUUUCCCUAUAAAACCACAUUUUGAUAUCUUGAAAAAUAUUAGUUUCUGAACCUUAUAUAAAUUUUUAAUAAUUAUAUUGUACCCCAAAAAGUAGUGAAAAAUGUAAGAAUUCUAUAUUCUCUGCUUUAUUUAGUAAUGCCUAUGAACACAGAUUUCAAUAUUUUGAUGAAGCAGCCAACAUCUCAGACUCAGAAUUUCCAAAAUUUAACUCAUCAUCUUUCCUCCUAAACUUGCCCUCCUUUCCAGCUUCCCUUUAUCUGUUGAUGACAUCGUUCUUCUAGACAUCCAGCCUCAAAACCUUGGAAUCAUAUUUCACUAUUUCUUCAAUUCCUAUAUUCAAUCAUUUGCCAAAGACUAUCAUUCCUAUCUCUGCCAUAUGUUUCAUCUGUUCCCUCCUCUCCACUUCUACUGCCACCCCACCCCCAAUAACUUAGGCUUAUAUUAUCUCUUGUCUGAGCUAUUUUAAUGGCUUCCUAACUGGUUUUUUUCCCUCUAGCUUCUUUCUUCUCCAACUCAUUUUUCAUACAGUUGGUAAAGUAACUCUCUAACUGGGCAACUCUGAUCACAUCACCCCACUACUUAAAGACUAAUGGCACACCUUUCCCUGCAGAAUAAAAUAUAUACUUGCAUUUAAGGCCUUCUACCACCUUGUUUAAUACAUGAUACUCCAAGGAAAUCAAAGAAAAACAAAAAUCUAGUAUAUACCAAAAUAUUCACUGCAACACUUUAUGUUAACACAGAAUUGGAAAGUGGUUGUCCAUAGAUCAGACAAUGACUAAAAAUACUGUGGUAUAUGAAUGUAAUGUAAUACUGCUAAAUAUAAAUAUUAAGUAUUCUGUUCAUUCAUAAUGAACCUGAGGAAUUCAGAGAAAUAUAGGAAUAGCCACAUGAAUUGAUGUAAACAAAUGGAAUCAAGAGACUUGUGUACACAAUGAUUAUAAUAAUAUAAAUGAAAAGAUCACUAAAAGGAAACUGGACUCAGAAUAACUGGGGAAAAAAUAAAUGAAAGUCCAGGAAGACAGAUAAUGAAACUUACCUUCUCCAUCAUGGUAGAGAAGUGGGGGACUAAAAGGACAAAGAUUGUACAUGUCAGAUUCAUUUACUGUAGAAGAGAUGAACAAAACAUUUUAAAAGGACUCAUUGUCAUCAUUUAAAUUCUGUUGUCAGAAAUCUAAAAAAUGAGUAAAAUUUUCAGAAAAUAUAAUUUUUGUGCUGAGCUCAUUUUAAGAUAUUUCAGUAUGCUUUACUUCAUGUCAUCUUCAAGUAAUUGGCUUUAUACACUUUCCUAAGUAUUAUGACAAUAACCUUUCAAGAAAUUUACUGACAUUUAUGCAUACUAAAAUCAUACUUUUAUAAAAGUAUAGUAAAAAAAAAAACCCCAAACAACUGGAUCUUGUUGUGUUGACUCUUACUUUGGCCUCCUACAGGUCACAAAUGUGUUAUAUGGUAUCUUCUGUGUAAUGCCAAACGUAUUAUGAUUAUACGAUAAAUAUUUGUUGAUCUGAAGGAUAUAAAAAUUGUGUUGUUCCAUAAUAAAUCACACUCUAAUCAUCCUGUC